GUCACACAUGGGGAUUGGGCGAGGGCAUGCGCACAUGGCAUGAGUCAGACCCAGGCCAGGAAGGUGUGGCCACAUGCGAGCUGGGAGACCUGGCCGAAACCAAUCAACCAAUCACGAUCGGGCUGGGCACCAUGCUUCAACAGUGGGCACCAGAUGAUGACAGAAGACUACGGCCACCGGGCCCACUCGGCUACCCUCAGAAGUAGACAAACGGGCUUGCCGGGCUCGAGACAUCUGGCAGAAGUAGCGACAGGAGGGACAGUCGAUCCGGCCUGGACAGAAGAGAUAGCCGGCAUCUGGACAACGCGUAACCUGGCCUGA